AUGGCUGAGCAAAUUAUUAAUGGCAUAAUCGACCGUAUUACUGAUGAAGUAUGGAAGAAAUUAGAGGUCAUUAACAGAGAGGGAAUGGCACCCCAAGAAGCAUUUGUGGUAAAUUUGUUGAUCGAGAUUGUGACGGAGAUAGAUGAUGCAGACUCAAUAGUUGAAGAAGAAUCUCUCGUCGGAUACUGUGUUUCUAGGCCGGCAGCUAGGCAUGCAGUGGAAGCCUUAGAGACAGUAGAUGUCGGAGAGGAUGAAGAAGUUGUGUGUACCAUUUGGUUGUCUGAGAUGGUUCUGACAUGGUUGAUAGUAAUACUUGUUGGAAACGAUCUUUCUUCGAAUGAUGGAAGACCGCCAUGGAGUUUGCGAGAAUUUUGGAAUGAAAUCUUUGAUCUAAGUCGGAAUCGAAUUGUGCCCUUGCUACGUGUUUAUCGUGAAGCAAAUGAGGCGCCAGAUACUUUGGCAAAGAAUGGUUCACUUGCAGGUCCACCAAUUUCUUGCUACUAUGGAAUCUUUCCGCGCCAACAGCUUCUGGAGUGGCUCCUGCACGGUGGAACUGAAAAGCAGAGCUUUCCCCCAAUGUUGACCCUGAAGGAUGAAUUGCAUCGUAUAGAUGUGGCCUACACUAUAAUCAACCAUCUCACUGAUAAAUUUUGGGAGAAAUUAGAGGUCAUUAACCGAGAGGGCAUGGCACCCCAAGAAGAACUUGUGGUAAAGUUGUCGAUGGAGAUUGUGAGGGAGCCGACAGCUAGGCCUGCAGUGGAGUCUUUAGAGAGGAUAGAUAUGGAAGAAGACAAAGAAGGUGUCUACACUAUUUGCAUGUAUGAGAUGGAUUCUGGAACGGUUGAUGUGAAGGCGAUGCCAUGUUCACACAGAUAUCAUAGGGAGUGCAUUGUUGCUUGGCUGGAGAGCGGGAGUAGUUGUGCAGUGUGCCGCUACCAAUUGCCCACUGCGAACUGA